AUGUCGUCCACCAGCAACGCCUCCAUUGACAAGUUCAACGGAGACAAUUACGCAACGUGGAGCCGGUACAUGCGCGGUGUGUUUUUGACGAAGUCCGUCUGGCACGUCGUCAACCGUGAAGUGACUCCGACUUUCACCGACCCGCGAGCGUCCGAUGACUACGUCAAGGCAAGCAACGUCGCGUUUGGUAUGAUGCUGCUGCACAUGAACGCGGACUACCAUCAUGUGCUGGACAACUGCGAGGAAGCCUGGGUUGCGUGGACAAGUCUGAAGACGCUGUACGGUGGGUCGCAGAAGGCAGGACGCAUCUACCUCAAGCGACAACUUUUCAGUAUCAAGAUGGCUGAAGGCGCGAACGUCAUGCAUCACUGCAACGAGGUCCUCAACAUCUCCGCCAAGCUUAGCGGCAUCGGUGCGAAGAUGGAAGACGAAGACGUUGCAAUUUGUCUGCUACUCAGUCUUCCGAAGAGCUACGAAAAUGUGGUGCUCAACAUGGAAAUGAGCAGCACCGAGCUUCGCACUCAAGAUGUGGUGAGAGUCCUGACGAAUGAGCAUGCCAAGCGUCAAGGAGAAAAAGGGACAACGACAGCGACUACGGUGAAGGCUGAAGAUGCAAGCAAGGCAUUCAGCGCCGAGCGUGAGCCCUACCAAUGCACGUAUUGUGGCAAGGUGGGACACACGGUGGAUCGUUGCUGGACAAAGCAGAAGAACGAAGGUCGGGGAGCCCGACGCGGCGGCAAUGGUCGUGGACGCGGGGCUAACAAUGUCCAGUGGGGACAUCAUGAUGAAGGCAAUGGCUACGAUCGAGUGGCGUUUGCAGUCUCGUUCGAAUGUGGAGUUUCGACGAGCAAGGACGUGUCUGGAAUGUGGGCCGUCGACAGUGGUGCAACGCACCACAUUUGCCACGACAAGACCAAGUUCGCAAGUUUGGCAGAGCGCAAUGAGGGCGAACUCUUGGUGGCUGAUGGCAACAAGGUGGCCAUCAAGGGUGUGGAACCAUCAUGGAAAAGGUGGUUCUGCCCAACGGUGAAGAGCGUGAGAUCGAAAUCAAGAACGCGCUAUAUGUUCCAAGUAUGA